AUGGCGGAGGACAAGAAGAGCGAAAUAUUGAAGGAAUUUGACCCUUUGAACCAAUUGGAUCCUCCAACGAUAGCCGAAACGGAUAAGGAUGUGGUGUCAAAGAAGAAUGAUAACGCACAAAUGACCGUCGAAGCAAACGCGGAUGUCUCUGCGCAGGACAUGGGCGAUGAUGAGCCAUUCUAUGACUUCCAGCUGUUUGCUAAGCAACUUCAAUCCCCUGGGGCUGAUCCUCUAGUGAAGUAUACAAAAUCGUUUCUAAGAAAUUUUAUGGCUCAAAGGCUUUUAUGGACGGUCACUGAAGAAAUUAAACUCAUCAACGAUUUCAAGGUUUUUAUUUACAACAAGUUUACGCUAUAUGAACCUUUCAAAAAUCUUGAUAGCCCUAAAAUCAGAAACGCCAAAGAAGGUAUGGAAAAGCUAAUUAUGGGAAAGCUUUAUUUCCGCUGUUUUUCGCCAAGCCUUUCUGAAACUCUGCAGAAGCCAUUAGACGAUGAGCACAUGAAAGAUUUGAACGACGACAAGAAAUUAUUGGAAAAGACUAAGCAUUAUAGAUUUAUAAGCCCCAACAUGCUAGAUAUCCCUAACACCAUGCCCGAUGCCAAGUUGAAUAAAUUUGUGCAUUUAGCAAGUUCGGAAUUGGGUAAGAUAAACAGAUUCAAAUCUCCUAGGGAUAAGAUGGUUUGUGUUUUAAAUGCGAGUAAAGUUAUAUUUGGCUUACUAAAACAUACUAAGUUAGAACAAAACGGUGCCGAUAGCUUUAUACCCGUAUUAAUAUACUGUAUUUUAAAGGGGCAAGUGCGAUAUCUGGUCUCCAAUGUGAACUACAUUGAAAGAUUUAGAUCGCCAGAAUUUAUGCGGGGUGAAGAAGAAUACUAUUUGAGCAGCCUUCAAGCUGCAGUAAACUUUGUUAUCAAUUUAACCGAAUCUUCUUUAACCAUUGAAAAUCACGAAUGUUUCGAGAAAGAAUACCAAGAUAAUUUGAGAGAAGUAGCAAGGGAAAAAAAUGAAGAGGAUAAGCAAAGAAAACUGGAAGUGCCAGAUGAAUCACAAAUGAAUGGCACUUUACUAAAGCCCUUGGAUGAGGUGACUAAUAUUGUAAUUUCCAAAUUCAGUGGAUUAUUCUCACCUACCGAAGAACGAACACAAGAAGAAGUGUUGAAACCUAAACAAAGCGGUAAAGAACCAAACGAAGAGGAAGUUUCUCUCCUAAUCCAGAAGAUCGAAGAGAACGAACGGAAGGACACACUAAUGACUUUACAGAACAUGUUUCCCGAUAUGGAUCCAAGCCUGAUAGAAGAUGUUUGUAUUGCGAAGAAAUCUCGUAUAGGACCUUGUGUUGACGCUUUACUUUCUUUAUCUGAAUAA